AUGGCCAAGGCACGCGUCAAGAAGCGCACCCAUCUCCGGGCACAAAAUGCCUCCGCGGCCGCGGCUGGCAAAGGUUCAGCAUCUUCAAUGACCAAGGCCCCCAAGUCAAUGGUGAUUCGAGUGGGCGCUUCUCAAGUCGGCACAAGUGUCACCCAGCUGGUCAAGGACGUCCGUCGUAUGAUGGAACCCGAUACGGCCGUGCGAUUGAAGGAACGAAAAUCCAACCGACUUCGCGAUUACACCGUGAUGGCCGGCCCCCUUGGCGUCACCCACUUGAUGCUUUUCUCCAAGUCAAAGACAGGCAACACGAACAUGCGACUCGCCGUGACUCCUCGUGGGCCGACUCUCCAUUUUCAAGUUGAGAACUAUUCUCUGUGCAAGGAUGUCGAGCGGUCAUUGAAGCGUCCACGCAGCGGUGGACAAGAUCACAAGACCCCUCCCCUGCUUGUCAUGAACAACUUCAACUCCCCCAAUGCCACUGAAGACUCGAAAGUGCCCAAGCGCCUCGAGACCCUCACUACCACCAUCUUCCAAUCCCUCUUUCCUCCCAUCAAUCCACAAGCCCAACCUCUUUCCUCCAUCCGCCGCGUCAUGCUUUUGAACAGAGAACCCAGCGAGUCUGACGAUGGCUCAUACAUCCUCCACCUGCGACACUACGCGAUCGCUACAAAGAAGACGGGCGUCUCAAAACGUAUCCGCCGGUUGGACCCCAAGGAGGUCCGUAACAGGGAAAAGAAGAAGGCGGCCGUGCCCAAUCUAGGCAAGCUUGAAGAUGCUGCCGAUUACCUUUUGGAUCCGUCGGCCGCCGGAUAUACUUCGGCUAGUGAGACCGAACUCGACACCGACGCCGAGGUGGAAGUUGCUGAAAGCACAACCCGCCGGAUUCUCAACAAACGAGAGGCGCAACGUCAGAAAGCCGGCGAUAAGCCACAAAAGAAGCCCGACACACCCGGGGUCGAGAAACGCGCCGUCAAGCUAGUUGAGUUGGGACCUCGUAUGAAGCUGCGUCUGAUGAAGGUCGAGGAUGGCGUCUGUGAGGGCAAGAUCAUGUGGCAUGAUUUCAUCACCAAGUCCGCGUCGGAGGUGAAGUCCCUGGACAAGAGUUGGGAAAAGCGUCGGAAGGAGAAGGAGCAGCGCAAGAAGCAGCAGAGGGAGAACGUGGAAAAGAAAAAGAAGGAAAAGGCCAAGGCCAAGGCGAACGGGGAGGAGGUCAAUGAGGAUGAGGAUGAGGACGAAGACAUGGAGGACGAUGGCGAGUGGCUCAGUGAUUAUGAUGAUGACGGGGAUGAUGAUCAGGAACCCGAGGCUGAUUCUGAUGACUCCAUGGAGGACUGA